CACGCCGAACUCUUCGCCUACUUGUGCUCGAGGGGAUUCCGUUCCGUGGGUGUGCCAAGAAUGUGCAGAUUCUUGUGCUCAUUCUCGCGCUCUCGGACUAUGCCGCAUAUGCGCUCGCAGUCGCAGGAUCUGGCAUACAGGGAGGUCGUAGCAGCGUGCAAGCGGGAUGGCGUGACAGUGAGUGUGUGGUUUCGGGGCUGGUGAGGGGCGAGCAGGAAUAUCGGGAGUCAUGGAGUUCACGGUGCGGGCUUGCAGUGGGCAUGGCAGAGUUGGGUCGUUGCGAUUGGCGUCGGGUCUGGAGUUUGAGACGCCCAGUCUGUUGAUGAUCACGCGGAGGGGGUUGCCGGUGGUUAUCCCCCCCGAAAUGCUGAUGGAUUUGCAUCCUGACUCGAGGGCGUGUCAGUUCACCCCGAUGCAUUUCCUGGAGGAUCCACUGGCAGCUGUCGUGGCGAAGGCAGGAGGUGUACACAAGCUAGCCAGUUUGACUGGGUUUGCGAUGGUUGCUGUGGCGAGAGACAGCCUUGGGAAUGAAAUAGCCGGGGAAGAAGCUUCCAAUCUGGGUGCUUCUUUUGAGACUUCUUCUGGUCGGCGCAUAGUGGGUCUUGAAAAAUACAUGGAAGUUGUGAACGCUUGCAAACCCGACUUAUGGGUCAGCCUUCCCGACGAGGUUCCUCACUGGGUACCAGAGAAGCGUAAUCGCGAGUCAGUGGAUCACACGUCACAGUGGCUGGACCACUGCCUCUCAUUACAACAUGCAGAGCAUGGGAAUAGGUGCUUAGGUGUUGUGGUUGGAGCGGGCAGUCUUGAGGAAAGGGCCCGGUCUGCAGAACAGGCAGCCACUCGCAACGUAGCGGGAUUUUCUUUGGCGGGCUUCGGACUGGGUGAAGACGUCGCACAACGUGGUUUUCACCUAGAAGUAGCGAUUGCCAAAUUACCCAACGAUAAACUUCGCCAUGUAUGUGGGCUUGGUUCACCAGAGGAGGUACUGCAAGCUGUAGGGGCUGGAAUUGAUUUACUUGACAGCACAUAUCCUUAUAUGUUAACGAAGGAGUGUCUCGCAAUGACUUUCCCCCUUAAGAUGGAGGUUCCAUUAAGAAAUGCUGACAGAGAUAUGCAACCAACUCCUGACCAUGGGGUCGCAAGUGGUUUCAGUUUGGCAAAAGUCAACCUUCGAUCUGCUACCUACGGUGGUGGCAGGAUUGACGAAACCCCACUGGUGACUGGCUGCAAAUGCUAUACUUGCAAAAGACAUACUAAAGUUUACAUCAACCAAUUACUCAAUUCCAAUGAGACUCUGGCUCAAACUUUAUUGGAGAUACAUAACACGUACCACUAUCUGGAGUUUUUUAAGGCUAUUCGAGAAUCCAUCAAGGCUGAUAAGUUCCAUGAGUUCAGGACCUGGUUUACCAGUCAAAGGCAGGAACUCGGGGUUCUUUCUUUGGGGAAUAUCCCAAGGGUUGUGAGCUGUAAUUAGAUAGUAUAUCUCCUUCCAACAUCUAGGCGUGAACAUCAAGUGGGUAUUUAUGCUGUUAGAGUUGUUUUGGAUUGGGUGGGAAACUUCGGAAAUGUACCAGUUAGUUUAAGUUCAGUGCUGAGAGCACAUUUAUCAAAAGGUGAAGUUGGUAUGUAGUUUUUACAGUUCUGAAUACAAUCUCAAUGUCAUGGGACUUCA